CCCCCGUGCCCCCACCCCUCCCCCCCCGCUCUCUGUGCCCAGCUGCUGCUGUGGUCACCGCUGCUCCGUCGUCUCCAUCGCCAGCACCUGCUGGGAGUCCUCCUCCACGCCCUGCUCAGCCUGCUGCCUCCCACCCUCUCACGGUGGGGGGGUGGUGGUGGUGGUGGUGGCGGUGGUGGUGGUGGUGGCGGUGGUGGUGGUGGUGGUGGUGAGCCGGAGCCGGGGGACGUCGCUCGCUGGGCACUUUGCAUCAUCGCCGCUAAUGGGCACCCAGUGACGCGACAGAACCUGGGAGCCGAGCCACCCGGCCUGCAGUUCCCAUUCACCCAGGACCUGGAGUGGAACCGCCUGGUUCAAGCCUGCGUGGCCAGGCCCAGCCCAAUCACUCGGGUGCUGCUCUCAGCAAUCUUCUCCUCCAUGCCACUGCCGCCUCCCCCGAGUCUGCAGGGUCGACUGCUGACCCUCAUCUCCCUCUACGGGGGUCAGGGGUCGGAGGUCGCGGCCUCGCUGGAGGCGGAGUGGGCGGCACUGUCGGGAGGAGCGGUGCAUUGUGGGGGAACGGAGGAGGGGGCGGCGGCACUGUCGGGAGGAGCGGUGCAUUGUGGGGGAAUGGAGGAUGAGGGGGCGGCACUGUCAGGAGGAGCGGUGCAUUGUGGGGGAAUGGAGGAGGGGGCGGCGGCACUGCCGGGAGGAGCGGUGCAUUGUGGGGGAACGGAGGAGGGGGGGGUGGCAGUCGCAGAAGCGGUGCAUCGUGGGGGAAUCCUGACGGUGGGCGACCUGCCCGCCCCUUUGCAUGCUGGGAGCGUCGGGGCGACUCGGCUGGGCGACGAGGGGGGGCUCGUGUGGGAGGCGGCCAUGACAGGAUACAUCCAGCGGCAGCUGCAGGGGUCCAGCUGGAAGCUCUGCAGCGAGUUCCUCGCCUGGCCCCAGUGCCCCCUGGGUAGCGUGCCGGGCCAGUCACGUGACCCCGAGGCGAUGGUGCUCACGGAGUUCACCCUGCUGGAGAUGGCGGACGGGGACACGGGGGAGACACGGGGGGAGAGUCCCAGUGGGUGGCCCUGUGGGGGUCUCAGCCCCUGUGCCCCUCCCCCAGGGCCCCUGUGGGGGGUGGAGGAGCUGACGCUGCUGAAGGGUUCACUGCAGUGACGUCACUCACCUGGUGGUUCACUGCAGUGACGUCACUCACCUGGUGGUUCAUCACAGUGACGUCACUCACCUGGUGGU